CCGUAUCUCCUGUCCUCUACUCUUGCAUCCUGUUCCCGGCCAUGGAUCUGCGGCGCCCCCGACUGACCUGCCUCGUGCUCGUGCUGCUGGUGGCGGGGACGUUCGGUGCUCAGGCCACCAGGAACCGGGGCCACGAGAAACAGAACAACUCCUUCCGCAAGGCUGCCACCGGCUUCUACCAGACCAUGAGCAGCGUCUUCGGAGAGGAGAACGUGAGAGCUGCGCAGAAGUUUUUCUCACGCCUGACGGAAAGGUUUGUCUAUGGAGUAGACGUUUUGGUGGACACUCUCUGGAGGCUAUGGACGGACCUCCUUGAUGUUCUUGGAAUUGAUGCAUCCAACCUGACGCAUUACUUUAGUCCGGCAGCCGUCGCCAGUAACCCAACACGGGCUCUUAUGUUGGUGGUUGCUAUCCUUCUCUCUUACUGGUUCGCUUCCAUUUUCCUGGGAUUCUUCUUCUACAUCUUGCAUGUCUUGUUUGGACGCAUCUUCUGGUUGGUCCGAGUGUCGCUUUUUGCGCUUUCAUGCAUUUACAUAUUACAGAAAUACGAAGGGGAGCCCGAGCACGCAAUGCUACCGCUUUGUUUCGUGGUGGCUGUAUAUUUUAUGACCGGGCCUGUAGGCGUUUACUGGAGGAGGAACAACAGCAACAACUUGGAAGAAAAGAUCGAUCAUCUAGACAACCAAAUUAGGCUGUUAAAUAUCCGUCUUACAAGGGUCAUGGAGAGCCUGGAUAGAGCCAAUGACCAGUAAUACCUGUAUGUUUGUUCAUGUGCACCAGCCUAAUUUUACAUGGAAAACACUGUUUUGUUUGUACAAAAAAUAA